AUGCUUCAUAGUGGCAACUUUGUGCUUUCAAGCAAUGAUUCUGCCAAGGUUUGGGAAAGCUUCGAAAAUCCCACAGACACCAUUUUGCCAACCCAAGUAUUGGGAUUGGGAGGCAAACUCUAUUCAAGGCUAAAUGAAGCCACUAACUCAAAGGGCGGGUUUGAGCUCCAAUAUUUCUCAAAUGGUGUAUUAAACUCUAUCCCGUGGCUUGGCCCACUGAAUACCCUUAUGAUGAGAACUAUUAUAGCAUCAGCACAUCUAGCACCAACUCUUCUGAAUCUGGAUUUCAGCUGGUUUUUGGCGAAUCGGUCUUGCUUGCGUGAUUGUUUGUGUGCUGCUGCCAUAUUUGAUGGCUUAAAUUCAAGAUGUUGGAAGAAGAAACUGCCACUUUUUAACGGGCGAGUCGAGAGUGCACUGGCUCUCAUCAAAGUAAGGAGAGAUGUUUCUAGCGUCCCAGGCCUGCCCAAUAUUUCGUCAAAUCGUUUUGGUAACACCAAGACACAGAAGCAAAUUCUCUUAGGAUCACUGGGAAGUUCCAUGUUCUUCAAUGUUAUGUUGCUAGUUUUGAUUGCUCGAAUCGUUUUAUUGAGGCGCAAGAAUAAAAGGCCUGCAAAAGAUCCAACAGUAAUUGAGCCGAAUCUACGUUUAUUUAGUUUCAAAGAAUUCAAUGAAGCAACAGAUGGGUUCAAGGAUGAGCUAGGGAGAGGUUCUUCUGGCAGUGUUUAUAAAGGCGUUUUGAAAUCUGGUUCAAGAAAUUUAGUUGCUGUGAAGAAGCUAAACAAGUUGUCAUCAGAAGGCGAAAGAGAAUUCAAAUCUGAGGUUGAUGCAAUUGGGAAGACCCAUCACAAGAACCUUGUUCAGCUUCUUGGGUACUGUCAGGAGGGGCCUCAUCAGCUUCUAGUAUACGAAUUCAUGAGCAAUGGCAGUUUAGAAACCUUCCUAUUUGGCUCUCCAAGGCCUAAUUGGACUGAAAGGUCACCUGUGGCGAUCGGGAUUGCAAGAGGCCUAGUGUACUUACAUGAAGAGUGCAAAUCCACAAUAAUCCACUGUGAUAUAAAGCCCCAAAACAUUCUCUUAGAUGAAAAUUUCACACCCCGGAUUUCCGAUUUUGGAUUGUCCAAGACAUUGAUGAUGGAUCAGAGUAGAACUUGUACUGCAAUAAGAGGAACAAGAGGGUAUGUGGCUCCUGAAUGGUUCAAGAAUGUGCCUGUGACUGUUAAAGUGGAUGUUUACAGUUUUGGGGUCGUGUUAUUAGAGAUUAUAUGUGGUAGGAGACGUGUGGAAAUGGAGUUUGGGGAAGAAGAAAGAGCAAUACUAUCAAAUUGGGCUUAUACUUGUUAUAUGGAACGAAGAUUAGAUUGUUUGCUGGAGAAUGAGGAUUUCGGAUUGUGUGAUAUGGCCAUCUUGCGAAGAUGGGUGAUGACUGCAAUUUGGUGUAUUCAAGAAGAUACUUCGAAAAGGCCUACAAUGAAGACUGAUACAAAUGCUUGA